AUGUCAGCUCCAGAAGGUUUCCACAAGGUUAGCGAGGACUCACACGUCUCCAACGCCGUGAUCAACGCCAACCCAUACGGCCCCAACCCCGCAGAUUUCUUGUCCAAUGUCUCCAACUUCCAGUUGAUCGAAUCCACCCUCAGAGAAGGUGAACAGUUUGCCAACGCUUUCUUUUCCACCGAAACCAAAAUUGAGAUUGCCAAGGCCUUAGACGACUUCGGUGUCGACUACAUCGAGUUGACCUCCCCGGUUGCUUCCGAACAGUCCAGAAAGGACUGUGAAGCCAUCUGUAAGUUGGGCUUGAAGGCAAAGAUCUUGACCCACAUCAGAUGUCAUAUGGACGAUGCCAGAGUAGCAGUCGAGACCGGUGUUGACGGUGUCGAUGUGGUCAUUGGUACCUCCCAAUUCCUUCGUGAAUACUCUCACGGUAAGGACAUGAACUAUAUUGCCCAAAGUGCCAUCGAAGUCAUUGAGUUCGUCAAGUCCAAGGGUAUCGAAAUCAGAUUCUCUUCUGAAGACUCGUUCAGAUCCGACUUGGUGGAUUUGUUGAACAUCUACAGAACUGUCGACAAGAUUGGUGUUAACAGAGUUGGUAUUGCUGAUACCGUUGGAUGCGCCAACCCAAGACAAGUCUAUGAAUUGGUCCGUACUUUGAAGUCGGUUGUCAACUGCGACAUCGAAUGUCAUUUCCACAAUGACACUGGUUGUGCUAUUGCCAACGCCUACACUGCUUUAGAAGGUGGUGCUAGAUUGAUCGAUGUUUCCGUUUUGGGUAUCGGGGAAAGAAACGGAAUCACCCCAUUGGGUGGUUUGAUGGCUAGAAUGAUUGCUGCCGAUAGAGACUAUGUUUUAUCCAAGUACAAGGUGCACAAAAUCAGAGACUUAGAGAACUUGGUUGCAGAAGCCGUUCAAGUGAAUAUUCCAUUCAACAACCCAAUCACUGGUUUCUGUGCAUUCACCCACAAGGCUGGUAUUCACGCCAAGGCUAUUUUGGCCAACCCAUCUACAUAUGAAAUUUUGAGUCCUGCUGACUUCGGUUUGACUAGAUAUAUUCAUUUUGCUAACAGGUUGACAGGAUGGAAUGCCAUCAAGUCGAGAGUUGACCAAUUGAACUUGAACUUGACUGACGACCAAUGUAAGGAAGUUACCAACAAGAUCAAGAAAUUGGGAGAUGUCAGACAAUUGAACAUCGAUGAUGUUGAUUCCAUCAUCAAGGAGUUCCAUUCUGACUUGGGUACUCCGCUUGUGAGACCUACCACUAACGGAGGUUUGCCUAUUGUUCCUCAUGUUGUUGAAGGAUUGGAUGAAAGCCAGACCAAAAAGCAAAAAAUUUAA